UUUUUCUUCCUUUACACUUCUUUACAGCCCCGCGAUUGCAGGGUUUUUUUUAUGUCCCUUUACCUCUCUCUCUCUCUCUCCCCCCAUUUCGUGGCCUUCCACCAAAUCCAACUAUUCCCCUGCAAAUACCCAAAUCUCUUAAGUCCCACCGUUGAUCUUUAUUUUCUGAGUCACUGAGAAGAAGGAAUCCUCCCAAGGAGUUGGAAUUCUAGGGUUUCUUCUUUGGGUUGUCUUCUGUCUUGUCUUUACUUCUGUGUUAGGAGAUCAGAGGAUUCCGUUUGAAGGCUUUCUGGAGCUUCUUGGCUUGUCGGAUUUUCAAAUCUGAGUUUCAGGGAUAUCCUGCUGACUGUUCUGAAGUUCAAUUGCGCCUGUCAAGAUGUUUUGGCGUAUGGCAGGAUUGUCCACGGCAUCUCCCGUGGAGACAAUUUUAGACAAGGACAACUUCACUUUGGAGGAACUUCUUGACGAAGAUGAAAUAAUUCAAGAGUGCAAAGCUCUCAAUGGGCGUCUUAUUAAUUUUCUGAGAGAAAGGGCCCAGGUGGAGCAACUGCUUCGGUACAUUGUGGAGGAAGCUCCUGAAGAUGCUGAAAAGAGACGCACUUUCAAGUUUCCUUUUAUUGCUUGUGAGAUAUUUACUUGUGAGGUUGAUAUCAUACUCAAAACAUUGGUGGAGGAUGAGGAGUUGAUGCAUUUGUUGUUCUCAUUCUUGGAGCCCAAUCGCUCCCAUAGCACAUUACUGGCAGGGUAUUUCAGCAAGGUUGUCGUAUGCCUGAUGUUACGGAAAACAGUCCCGUUUAUGAAUUAUGUACAGGCUCAUCAGGAAAUUUUCCGCCAGCUGGUUGAUCUAAUUGGGAUUACAUCCAUCAUGGAGGUUUUAAUUCGUCUUAUUGGUGUGGAUGAGCAAAUGUAUACCAACUACAUGGAUGCAAUGCAAUGGUUGGAAGAUACAAAUGUGCUUGAGAUGAUUGUCGAUAAGUUCAGCUCAUCUGAUUCUCCUGAAGUGCAUGCCAAUGCAGCAGAAAUACUCUGUGCUAUAACUCGUUAUGCUUCUCCUGGACUUGCUUCAAAAGUUGCCAGCCCAAGUUUUGUGGGAAGAUUAUUUCGUCAUGCAUUGGAAGAUUCGAGGCCAAAAUCUGUUUUAGUUCACUCAUUGUCUGUGUGUAUAUCACUGCUGGACCCCAAGAGGUUAACGUUGGGCCCAUAUCAUACAUACAGCCGUCAGCUGUCUCAUGGACCAGUAGUAACUGCCAAUCCUGAGACAGUUGAAGGCAUGCUGGAGAGCCUUGGUGAUUUACUAAAGCUUCUGGAUGUGUCAUCUGCUGAGAGUAUGUUGCCAACUACGUAUGGAAAGUUGCAGCCUCCCCUUGGCAAACACCGUCUAAAGGUUGUGGAGUUCAUCUCUGUUCUGCUGACAAUUGGUAGUGAAGCUGCUGAGAAGGAAUUGAUGCAGCUAGGAGCCAUACAACGUGUUUUAGAUUUAUUCUUUGAGUACCCAUACAAUAACUUUUUGCAUCACCAUGUGGAGAACAUCAUAGUUUCAUGCUUGGAGAGCAAGAAGCUUCCACUGAUUGAACAUCUCCUUCACAACUGUGACCUUGUUGGAAAAAUACUAGGAGCAGAAAAGAAUUGCACUUUGUCAACUGAUCCAAUCAAGCCAACAGUUUCUGUUGAGGCAAAAUCACCACCAAGGAUAGGAAAUAUUGGACAUAUCACACAUGUAGCUAACAAGCUUGUUCAAUUGAGCAGCAGCAAUAGUCAAACUCAGGCUUUUCUACAGGAAAAUGCUGAGUGGGUUGAUUGGCAUGCAAAUGUCCUACUGAAACGUAAUACAGUGGAAAAUGUCUACCAGUGGGCUUGUGGGAGGCCAACUGCUUUACAGGACAGGAAUAGGGACAGUGAUGAUGAUGAUUUUCGUGAUAGAGAUUAUGAUGUGGCAGCAUUAGCUAAUAACUUGAGCCAAGCUUUUAGAUAUGGCAUCUACAGUAACGAUGAUAUUGAAGAGGCCCAUGGUUCACUAGAACGUGAUGAUGAGGAUGUGUACUUUGAUGACGAAUCUGCUGAAGUUGUCAUCUCUUCUUUGCGUCUGGGUGAUGACCAGGACAGUGGCUCUCUCUUUACAAACUCCAACUGGUUUGCUUUAGAGGAUGAUAGAAUAGCCAGUGAGCGCUCAAGUGGCUCACUUGCUUCACCCUCGCCUAAUGCAGAGACUGGUGUUAUCACCAGCAGCAGUGAUGAUGAGGUUAUUGCUGGUGAAGAUGAUGACCUUGCUGAUACAGCUACAUCUUCACAUUUGCCUGAACCAGGGCCCAAUGCAGAGGAUCCUAGUAGUGCAGUUUCACCAGAUGGUCUGUCACAGGAUCUGAAAGAAGAAAUAAGACCUGAUGAAUUUGAUAAACCACCAGAAUGGGUCCAAUGGAGAGAGACAUCAGACGACAAUGCCUCAUCUGAUGCAAAUCAUCCGCCUUUACCCAAUGGUGAGCUUGAAGUGGCUUCGAAGGAUCAUACUGAUAGUGUUGACAUGGAUACAGUUGAAUCUUCACCAUCAUCCAAUGACAAUGCGAAAGAUAGUACUGCCAUGGAUGCCAAAGAGUCAGCUGAAACCACCAUUGAGAACCAAAAACUCAACGACUCUGAAAUGUUGGAGUCUGGCGUUGAAAAUUUUAGUUCUGACCCAGGUGCACCUGAAGAUGUGGAGAUGGAAGGGAAACAAGGCAGCCCUGAAGCUGCAGAACUUGAGAAGAAAGCAGUAGAAGAUGAAGCAGGAAAGUAAUGCUAGUUCUGCAAAUUUGUUUGGUGGUGCCACCUUGAGGAGGAUCUGGCUGCUGUUGUAGAGCCAAAGGUGAACCCUGCAGGGCCUGCAGCCCCACCUAAAAUUCAAAAAAAAUUCAUGUCAGUAAUGUAGUGGCCCCUUCUAUCAGAAACAGAGGUUGUAGUCCCCACCCUCCCAAAGUCACUAAUUGUUUCCUUUGCCCUCCUUUUCCCCCUUGUGUCAAAAGCCAAAAUUUUAUUUAUAGAACAUAUCUUUGGUACAUCCACUGUACAAGUCAACAAAAAAGCUUGUCAAGUGCAGAGUGGAGCAUGAUUGUAAAGUUUAUGUUAGAGAAAACGUUGUAAGCCCAAGUUGGCCAUGCAUUAGCAUUAUUGUUGCUCUUGUGGUAGGCUUGUUAGCAUCGAACCUCUGAGGCAAUAAUUGGCCGGUAUCUACCCGGCCAAGUGCCAGCAGGGACACAUUGGAUCUAGAUUGUGUACUUUUUUAAUGCUGAGAUUGAUUUUU